GGAUGCCAGCUGCAAAAAAAAAAAAAGAAGAAAGAACUCAAACCACAUUAGGCUACGUCUUUCCAAGGAAACUCACAUUUUCUCCAAAAUGGCGGACAGGCUAACACAACUUCAAGAUGCUGUUAAUUCGCUUGCCGAUCAGUUCUGUAACGCGAUAGGGGUGCUACAACAGUGUGCACCCCCAGCAUCUUUCAACAACAUACAGACAGCACUCAACAAAGAUCAGCCUUCAAACCCCACUGAAGAGUAUGCUCAGCUUUUUGCAGCACUCAUUGCUCGAACCGCCAAAGAUGUGGAUGUACUCAUUGACUCACUUCCCAGUGAAGAGUCCACGGCAGCUCUUCAGGCGGCCAGUCUGCGACAAUUGGAGGAAGAGAACCAUGAGGCAGCCACCCGUUUAGAGGAGGUUGUAUACCGUGGGGACUUGUUAUUAGAGAAGAUUCAAAGCGCUCUGGCUGACAUAGCUCAGUCACAGCUGUGCACUCGAAGUGGAGGGCUAAGCCAGCCCUCACCACCUGAAUUCUGAAUCUGACACGUCAUAUUGGACAUAAACUCUUCUUGCGCCAGAUUUCAGCUUCAAAAGCCAUUGAUUUUUACAACAUGAAAUUUGUUGGAAUUGUCCUCUGGUGGGAUAGCACUGAUUUCUUUGAUUUUGCAAGUUUGUGAUUCUGUGGAUUGCCCUUCUUUCCUUUGUGUGUUUGCAAUGUUACAAAUUCAGUGAAUGCUAGUUGGUUGUUUUAUUGAACGAAUGAUAGAUCAGUGUCCUUGUCUGAACUGAUGUUUUUGGAGUUGCUUGUUUAUUGUCAGAUUGUGUGCCUACUACAAAAUGAUGUAAAGCAGUAUUACCAAAUGUUUGAUAACCAUUUUUAUAAACUGCAACACCAUGCUUAAA